AAAAUCAGACUGACACUACUGACUGACAGACAUAAAUACUUUGCGUAAAUAUGAAAUGUCUUAUUUAUUUAUUUUCAAUCUGCAUCUGCACUUUUGAAAAACCAAAUCUUACUAUAUUUUAAUUGAAGCCCAAAUACGUUUUGAUAGAAAUUACAUUACACUAACUAUACUCGGAGUGCAAAAUGUUGGAGGUUAUAAAUGGAUUUCUGUUAGCAUACUUCAUGAUCUUGUGCAUUCUUAGCGCAUUGGUGCCUCAGUUGGGAAGAACAAUUGCAGGCUGCUAUUCUAGACCAUCCAGUGAGGAGCGUAUGAUUUGGGGCGAAAUUGUGAAGCUCAAAGCCGAGCAGAAGAAUGUAUCCAUGAAAGACGAAUUUGCUGCCUAUUCAAAACUUCAGCGAAAGAUAAACAAACUUGAGAAUCAUCUUAAAGACAACUCACAGUCUCGGAGGACCAAGAGUCUCGCCAUCAAAGGAUCCGUUCUUAUUAUCCUACAAGUAGUCAUGGGCUUGUUGAUAGUCGCCUCGGUUAUUUGGUUCAGAAGAGAGCCAAUAGUAGUACUGAAAGGAGACUUAUUCCCUCUUACAACUGUCCUCAGCUAUCCAAGUGACAUGCCAAAUGCUAUUUCAACACACAUGUGGGUGUUAAUUUCUAAUGUUUCUGUUAGAUCACUGCUUCGGCCUGUAACCUCCUGACUAGCAGUUUUGUAAUUGCUAUUUAUUGAGUAUUGUUAUUAUUAAUGGGACUGGAAUAAAGACAACAUAAUAUA